GCGCGGCUAGCUUGGGGCAGCCAGGUGGCCGCGAUCAAGGUGGACGAGGACGCUGCCCUUUGGCGCGUCACGGCCGAUCGGGCCUCGCCGUGCUCAGGCGAAGGGGCUUCUACUGCCCUGGGAAAGGAUUCAAAGGGAUGGGUGAUGCUACCGAAGGGCGUGGUGGUCUCCGUCGACGCGGGGGAGUAUGCUCGCCCGCCACCAGAGACCAACCCUGCCAGGACCGUGGACCCCUGCCCGCUGGCCACCGAGGACCUCUCCGACGGUGCGGGAAGGAUGCCACGCACGCCCAACCCCGCCAUGGAAGAGGAGCUGAAGGGCCAAAAGGUCUACCGAGAUCCGUCUUUCCGAUCGAGGACAUUUCUUCCCAUCCUGGCCGAGAAGCCCUGGGAGGCAGGGAUGCUGGGGACCCCCGACGAGCUGGUCGAGGGCGUCCCGCUCUGCGGGGUCAUCCAGAAGCGCCAGAUCCGCGCCAUCUGGGACUGGAGGGGGGCCAACCUCCGCUGGCAGACGCCCAUGCACGGGCCCCUGGGCAGCUCCGCGACCCUGGCCAACCUGGACCUCUCCAAUCUCGGCGAGACGGACGUGGUCUACACAGGGGUGGGCGAGAUCCCCGACAGGUUCGACCUCUUCGAGACGCCGCCCGAUGUCUGGCCCUACUUUGUCUUGGAGGGGCUGCCCCUCCACGAGUUCUUCGACUACGUGAGGGCCGCAGGGCAGAGCUACGUCAUCCCCUAUGGCGGGCCCCUCCUGGCUGUGAAGGUCUUUGUCAGGGGUCGGCCGUGGCUCCUGCCUCUGGCCCACUCCAGGCCGAAAGCUCCCACGGCGCGCAGGCUCUGGGCGGACUCCGGGGGUGCGCGCCUGGUCUACGGGGCUCCGACGCACCAGUUGAUCGGGCCCGUCGAGUUCGAGUCAGGAAGCUGGGCGUACAUGGACGACUACGUGAUCGUGGCCACGUGCGCCAGCGGGCGGCAGCCAGUGAGCGAGGUCAUGAGGCCGACCUUACCCUGUCUCGGCCAAAAUCGAUCGCACUUGUGGCCUGGCCCUGGCGGCGCUGGGGCUGGCGGCGCGGACAUGCUGGACCCCGGAGCCGCCGUGAAGCUGUGGGCGUGGGCGGCCAUCUCUCAGCGCAUGGGCCUCGCCAUCCGCGACCGGGCCUACCGCGAGAUGAGGCGCCCAGGGGCCGCCAAGACGCCGUUCCGCCUAACAGACGCGACGAGGUGGGGGCUGACGACGAUGGCCUACUGCGCCGCGCUCAGGCACGCGGAUCUCGAGGCGCCCUGGCUCUCGCAGGUGUCUGUGACGGGCAUGGCGGACUCCAAGGACAAGGGCCACGGGGUUGCAGUCACCGAGGCCCCGCUGGAGGAGAUCAGGACGGACACGGGCUACACCGAGAUGAGCAGGCGCCGAGAGGGGGGCCUGGAGGAGGCCAUCUACGCGCGUGCGGAGUGCGACGGCUACGAGAUCAAGGUCUGGUCCAUCGACUCGGUGAUCGAGCCGAAGCACGACCGCCCCAACGAUGAGCUGGUCAGCGCGAUUAUGGGCCAGACGCGCGACGGGCACUUCCACGCAGUAAUUGCCCCGCCGCCAUGUUCCGCCUGGAGUCGAGCGCGCUUCCUGAAAGAGAGGCCCAGGCCCCCGCGGACGCGCCUCGAGCCUUGGGGGCGGAGCGACAUACUAUUCACCACCUUCGAGCCCCUCCGCCUGGACCUUGGGUCGCGCCUCCUGCUCACGGCCACGCGGGCGGUCCGCGAGGUCUGCCGAACUGGUGGCCUUGGCCUGGCGGAUCACCCCGCGGACCCAGAGGAGGACCGGUACACGUCUAUCGGGAGCCCCCCCGAGAUGGCCUGCCUCUGCGAGGAGACGGGAGGCCAGAUCCAUCAGAUCGACCAGGGCCGCGACGGAGCUUCGCCGAUGGACUCGACCAUGAAGGGCAUCUUCGGGGUCUACGACGACGCACUGGACUUCGCCGUGGGGAGGGCGAUCCUCGAGACGUCGGCCCACAUGACGAAGGAGAUGAAGGGCCCCGAUCCAGCGUGCUCGUGGGCCCCUCCAGCUACGACGCCAUUCGGGCCGCCGAGGUGGAGGAGCACGGAGCACACGAACACCAACGAGAUGCGGACCGUGGCGGGCGUGCUCCGAAACCUUGCCAGAUCGCCACGGAGGCGGAUGCUGAAGGCCCUGAGCUUCACCAACGGCAUGGCGGCCCAGGGAGCCCCAGGCGAGGUCCAUUCGAGUUCGUUAACCCUGUUGCGCCUGGGCCACGGGCACUACCGCUACGUCCCGCUGGAGCUGAACGUCGCCGAAGGAGACGUUCCCCUGCAGAGGCGGGGGCCGCGGGCGUGGGACAACUACGAGAAGGAGACGUACCUGGGCAUCCGCGAGGGCGGCUCCACAAGGCGAUUCACCCACUCCGUGGCGGACGUGAUCACGGCACAGUGGGCCCCGAAGGUGCGGGACAUUCUCAGCCACCGCGUCGCCGAGGGUUGGGAGCUUCGGUGCAAGAGCGCCAUGGGCCACGCCCUGGCCGACUACAGGGACAUGAAGUGCUACCGAGACCGACUCCACCCCGCAUGGGGGUCGAUCGUCCUGUCAGGGCGGCUGGGGAGUUGGCCUGAGCUGAGGGGCCAGCUCCCCUUGGCCUUGCGAAGCUUGAAGAGUUGUCAGACGUUGGUCGUCCCUGUGGAGGGAGGCCCGUGGCCGGAGGAGACCGUCCUCGCCAUCGCCGCUUACUUUCUGGGGGGGGGGCUCCUGGACGAAGCCAUCGGGACCCUCGCGCAGUACGACGUCUACGGGCAGGAGCGGGAUAUGGCAAGGCCGCGCAAGGCCGACAUCAGUUGGGACGGCCUGGAUGCCGAGACUCCCCGAGCCGGGGGGGGCCCGCGCCAACUACAGCAAGCAGCAGAGGCAGCUGGUCGACAGCUGGAGAUGAAGGAGGUGAAAGAUGUCGCCACGGAGCUCGCGACAACUGGAUGGUGGAAAGAGUGA